AUGUCAAGCGGUGAACAACAGUUUCGCGAAUCACUGCGUUCUUUUCGUUGGGCUUCUAGCUCUAACAACGCUAAUAUUUCCACUAAUAAGUCUACACCCUUUUCUCGACUUGCUGAAAACACUUCAAAUUUCUUUGGAAGCAUUGAACAAGACGAUGAAUGGUUCACACUAACUAGAUGGCAGCGACUCGCUGGUUUUGGAAUAUUGUUUGCUUCUGGAGCGCUUUGCUUUCUUAUCGCUUUCGUGUCUUUGCCACUUUUGGCUAUAAAACCACGAAAAUUUGCAGUUACCUACACAAUGGGCAGCCUUUUAAUAUUAUCAAGGUUUACUACAUUUGAAGUUCUUCAAGUUUAUGAUUUCGCAUUACUUUAUGGACCAUUUGCUCAUCUUCGACAUAUGAUUUCUCGGGAACGUCUUCCUUUCACUGUUGCUUAUAUUGGCUCGAUGGCCGCGACUCUAUAUUUUGCAAUUGGGUUAAGAAGUACUAUUCUCACAAUCAUAUUCAGUAUCAUCCAAAUAAUUGCUCUCAUAUGGUAUACUGUUUCAUAUCUGCCCGGAGGAACUAGCACUUUACAAUUCGGUUCCCGUAUGGUUGCUAGACAAGCAUCUGACAUUUUUGCCGUUUAA